AUGGUCUUGGGAACAAUCAGCUUUUGCCAAGAGCUGACGCACCUAAGAUUUGGCGAUACGGUCCGGUUGGUCCCCCACAAGCUUUCUGAGCGGGUGUACAGCGUGGUCUGGAAAUACAACAAGAAUCUGCUUGCCGAAUGGGUGGAAGGUUCUAUUCCGCUCACCUAUUACAAUAAAUUCCGAGGGCGAACAAUGUUGAACACGGAGACAGGAACUUUGGUAUUCCAGAACGGGACUCUAUCAGACACCGGACUGUAUUCCGUGGAACUCAACAAUCAAGUGCAAGACAUGAAAUAUUGGAUUUCUAUAAUCGAGAAUGUGCCCAAACCCACGGCGCGCGUCACUCCGGUAUUGUGUAACUUAACCUUAGCGAACUGUACGGUAGUGUGCGAAGGAGACGUGAGCAAAGCCGAUCCUGUCGAGUACCUUUGGACAUUGGACGAUGGAGAGUGGAGGCACGGGGACCGUGAGAUGGAGAUUUCAAAUAAACGAUACUUGUGGAAUGUGAAAAACAUUACGUGUAGAAUGAGAAAUCCUGUGAGUGAGAGAGACAGUGAUUCUGUCAGCAACCCGUUUUACCAGGAGACCGGUAUGGGAUUAUAUGUAGCAUUGGGCAUUGCAAUAGGCUUAGUAGCACUGCUUGCACCGGUGUUGACAUCUAUGUGUUUGCGGUGUCAAAAAACAAAACCUUCUGUGUCGAUGUUAUGA